GAGCGUCAAGCCAACUGUCCUUGACACGACGUGUAACGAAGGAGGUCUCCUCUCUCUAUUCCCUCUCCCACGUUCGACGAGAGGAACCCUAGGAACCGAAGAGGAGCAAUUCCUGCUUCCAAUAACGAAUUCUACGCCAAUUCCACCGUCUUCCUUGAUCCGUGGUCCCCGGCGAUGCCGAUCUAGCUCCGGAGGGUUGUAAAUCAUCGGGAAUGGCUCAUGGCGGCUACGCCAGGCGUCGGAUCGAGGAGCGGCGACCCCUUGGCCGGCGCUCCAAGGGGGUGGGGCUGGAUAAGAGGCGCAACAAAUUGAAACGCGUCUCCCUCAAGAGUCAGAUCCGUUCCGUCGAGCGCUUUCUUCGUAAGGACUUACCUGAUGAAGUCAGGAAGGCUCAGGAAAAGAAGCUUGAAGAACUCAAACAGCAACAGGAGCUGCAGACACUCUUGGAAUUGGAACAUAAGUUACGUCUGAGGGACAAAAAGAUAAAAUUCUUGGAGAGGCGAAAGGUUGAAAGGAUGAUAAGGAGGCUUGAGAAACAACAACGCACAUCAUUAGAUCAUGUCUCAGAUGAAAGUAUUUUCUAUCAGCUUUCAAAGCUAAAGGAGGAUCUAAAUUAUAUCCGUUUCUUCCCCAAGACUGAAAAAUAUGUGUCACUGUUUGUUGGUGGUGAUAAUCCAGCAAUUGUCGAUAAGAGAAACAAAUUACAUCAACAGGUUAAAGCUUAUCUUAUAACUGCUGCUGCAAAUGGAAAGGAUUUAGAAGAAACAGCAAGUGAUGAUGAUGCUUUAGAUGUCAGUGAGGAUGACUUCUUCUUGAGUGGAAGUUCAAGUGAUGAGGCAGAGGCAGACGAUGAAUGGACAGAUAGAAGUACUAGAGAACCAGCUUCAAGUACUUCUGGGAAAGCAACAUCCGGCAUGUCCAGCGAUGAAAGGAAUCAGAGGCUAAUAUCUGCUCGAGCUCUAAUGCCACCACCUCGUUCAAUGCCAUCAAGCAGAAACCAGCCUGUUGAAAAUGUGAUGUCUACAUCUAGUAACACAUCAACUACUAGGAGUGGCCCUUCCUCCAAUAGUUCAAGAUUUGUAAAUGGAGUGAGAUCUCAGAACAGCAACGUGAGUUCUGGCUCUGAUGCCCGCAAACCAUGCCGGAAAAGGAGGCUGAAGAAGAAAAAGCUGGUAUUAUGAUGCAUUUGGCAUUGAAGAAGAAUAAGGAAGCUGAUGCAUGCGGUGUAUAACCACUGAUACUGGAACUUAUUCGAUCCGUCUGCACCACAGUGAAUACUAUCCAACUCGGGUAAAAACAAUCUCUCUUAAGUCACCUGGUUAACUAUUUCACAAUGUAUUAUAGUUCGCAUUCCCUGCAUUGUCGCUGUUCCAAACGAUUCCAUAAGGGCCUGUUCCUGUC